AUGCUAAUUGGUGUUUUCUCUUUUUUAACUAUUUAUUAUAGAUUAUUAUUUAUUGUUUGGAAUAAUAUAUUUUUAAGAAAUGAAAUUCAUAAACAUAUUUUAAAGUUUAUUGAACAUAGUGUUGUACAAAUUAAUAGACCAAAUUAUUACAAGUUUAAAGAUAAAUCAUAUAUAACAACACUUACAUGGCAUAGUUUUUCACUUCUAGAUAAAAAUGAAUUUCCACCAUUUUUGACAAAUUUAUAUUUGAUCUAUUUAAAUAUGCCACCAAUAAAUUUACCAAAUACAAUUACAACUCUCAGAUUGGGUCGUGAUUUUAAUCGAGUGGUUCCACCCGGCACUUUACCAAAUAAUCUCACAACACUCACAUUCGGUGAUUAUUUUAACAAAGUGGUUUCACCUGGCACAUUCCCAAAUAGUCUAACAACACUCACAUUCGGUGAUUAUUUUAACCAAGUAGUUCUACCCGGCACAUUCCCAAAUAGUCUCACAGCACUCACAUUCGGUUAUUAUUUUAACAAAGUGAUUCCACCUGGCACAUUCCCAAAUAGUCUCACAGCACUCACAUUCGGUUAUUAUUUUAACCAAGUAGUUCUACCCGGCACAUUCCCAAAUAGUCUCACAGCACUCACAUUCAGUUAUUAUUUUAACCAAGUAGUUCUACCCGGCACAUUACCAAAUAGUCUCACAACACUCACAUUCGGUCAUCAUUUUAACCAAGUAGUUCUACCCGGCACAUUACCAAAUAGUCUCACAACUCUCACAUUCGGUCUUUGUUUUAAACAAGCAUUUCCACCCGACACAUUACCAAAUAGUCUCACAACUCUCACAUUCGGUGGUUUAAACCCAUUUAUUUCACCCGACAAAUUACCAAAUAAUAUCACAACACUCACAUUUGGUGAAAUAAGACUAAAAAGAGACAAAAAUAAAAAUAAAAAACUACGCGUUGUAUUUUGA